UGAAAUGCAGUCGGACCUCGCGGCGACAUGAACGGGCCUCAGCUCAACGAACUCCCGGCCGACUGUGAGCAGCUCGUGCCGUACGUCAGCAGCCUGAGGCGCGGAGCCCUGCAGGCCAAAGAGCUGUCCGCUGUCAGGACCUUCUCCGACGCUUUUCUCAUCAAGUUUCUGCGGGCCAGAGACUUCGACGUGGAGCUCUCUCUGAAGCUCUUGCUGAACUACCAGCGGUGGCGAAGGGAGAGUCCUGAGAUCAGCUCUUGCCUGUCUCCUUCCUCUGUGCUCGGCCUCCUCAACAAUGCGUACCAUGCUGUCCUCCCAGAGCGGGACCACACUGGCAGCAGGGUGCUCAUCUACCGGAUUGGGCAGUGGAACCCAAAAGACUGGUCAGCCUUCCAGGUGUUCAGGGUCAGUCUGAUGACGUCCGAAUUGAUCUCCAAGGAAACAGAGACGCAGAGGCGGGGUCUGAAGGCCAUAUUUGACCUACAGGGGUGGAGUUUAAGCCAUGCCCUACAGAUUACGCCUUCUCUUGCAAGAAAGAUUUCCUCUGUGCUGACGGACUCUUUUCCAUUGAAAGUUAGAGGAAUCCAUCUGGUCAAUGAGCCAAUGUUUUUCCGGCCAGUCUUCGCCAUGAUUCGUCCCUUCCUGACGGAUAAGAUCAGACAGAGGAUCCAUAUGCACGGUGCUGAUUUCCAUGACAGCUUAAGUGACUUCUUUUCACCGCCUGUCUUGCCUCCAGAAUAUGGAGGGGAGGGGCCUGGGAUAGAAGAGGCAUGUCAGGACUGGACCAAUCAGUUGCUCCAGUCAGAGGAUCUCCUGCAGCAGAUUGCCAACCACCCAACAGGUGACAUCACCACUAUACCUGAGGACUCCUUGAUCUCAGAGGAAGUGGAGACCAAACAUAUCUCAACGGGAUGAUAUUUGGAAUUGUGACCUCAUGGAUCAUACAUUUACUUCAGACCUAAACAACCUAAAACUUUCUGGUGGCCAUUUAUGAGAUCCUUUAUACAGUGGAGCUGUGUUCACUCUUUCCAAGAGUGACAUGAAGAGGUCAAUGUCAGUCUCAUGUCGUGGUGCCUGAGUCAGGAUGUAGUUACCCUACCUUAGUAUAGAGACAGAAAUAGAUGGAAGCAGUUGUCUUGGCUCUGUAAAUAAAAAAGAAAUAAAAAAGAUUGUUCCACCUUGUAAUCUCCCCUAUAAAGACAUUUUUUUAAUUUUACAUUUCUGUUAAUGUGUGCUUUAAACAAACAAGAUAUAUUGUGUAAAUAGAAAAGCUUUAGAGGUGUUCAUGGAGUCUUGUUUUUUUGGGGUUUUUUUUACUUUUUUUACUUUUUCUUUUACCAGACUCUUGUUUCCCUCCAGUUUUUAUACUAAACUAGGCUAACUACAUCCUGAUUGCAGCUCCAUAAACACCAAUGUGGAAGUGGUGUCAGUCUCCUCAUCUUACCUUACUAAGGAAAGUAAAUGAAUGUAUUUCCCCAACACAUUUGCCAGACUAAAUGUUGGUAUUGUACACUUCUGUAAACCACAGCUAUGCUGAAACUUUCAGUGUUUAAAAAUACCCAGUUUGUUGCCACAAAGAUGGCUGCAAAAUGUCGGUGUGUGUGUAUGUGGUUGCCUCCUCUCCACCUCCUCCUCCGAUGGGGGGUGGGGUGUAUCUGAGUGAGCUCAUAUAUCUGAACAUGAGAUGGUAUGGAUUCUAGAAAUGUUAAUAUGAUAGUUCUGAAACAUACAAAUUUGACAUGUCUGUGGUGUGCAGAAAUGUACAGUACCAACAUUUUAUUCUGGUGACAGUUUACUGUAUCACCUCCACUUUACAGGAAUGUUGAAGGAUGUUGCUCUAAGAAUGUCAUGUUAACACUGUUUUAUUUUCAGGGCACUCUACUGUAAUUGUUGUAUUGUUAGACAUUAAUGGGCCUAAUUAACAGACAAUUCUCCAGAGGACCUCAGCGAUGAAUUACCAGGAGCUGAUUUGUGUAGCAGCUGCAGGACACCAACCUCCAACCAAAGGAGUGGUCUCAGUUGUGUUCAGGACUGAGGACAGCGUCAGGCCUGCCAGCUAGGAGGUGUGCCAUGCUUGAAACGACCAUCUGUGAACCUGUGAACUCAAAAUUCACUGUUACAGUUUGAUGUUUUGUUAAGAUACCUGGAAGUCAAACUGUUGCUUCAACGGUUUGAUCUCAUGUCACCAUGGACAGCAAACACUGGGGAUGAGCAGGAACCCUUCCCCUCGAAAUGAUCACUCCACGUUUUCAGCCAGCCAGACCAAUCCAUAAAGUGUUUUGUUUGUUCAUGGUUGAUCAUUUAGAACAAGGCAUCUUUGACCAUGUUUAGACCAAUACACCCAGGUAUUAGAAAAUAUGAAUCUGCUGUACAGAGUUUUCAACUAUUUUUUUUAGUUGCUGUAAAAUUUAGAAAGAGGUCUUAUUAUCAGAUUAUUUAUGAAUUUCAGUGAAUGUCUGUUGCUUGGGUCAAGCUGACCACAUAAGAAUUACAUUGACUUUAACAUUACAUGAAGGAAAAGCACAGAGUUCUUAUGUGGUAACACAUUUUUAACUGUUUACUAAUGUCACUUAUACAAUAUGAUGAUUGAAAAUAUUUUUUAACUGGAAAUGUCUUAUUAAUACAGGGGUCCAAUGUGUAUGAUUUAAGGGCAGAAGUGGAAAAUAAGUGUAUUAUAUAAUCAGCUGAAACUAAGAACUGUGUUUUCAGUACUUGAGCCCUUUCUAUCUACAGAGUUCACAAAGAUGCACCUAUAUUCUUGUAGCUCUGCUUAUUAGUAGACACAUUAAAGGGUAAAUGAAAUGAAAGACUUAACGUGUUAAUAAAACAUGUCUGAUUCAUUUUCA